AUUAUUCUCAUCGAACAUUGAUCAGCAGCGCGUCUGUUCUGUUCAUCUCUGUUCUGCUGGUGGUUUUGGGCCGUGUCCCGUGAUCGGAGUUAUCCGCACGCAAUCGCCUUUUCGCCUCAUUUUCCUCGGCUUCUUUGCUCUCGUGAUUGGCACUACCCCCCUGCGACCAUCAUGGCUACCCCCGCCCCCACCAGAACGACCUUCACCAUCGGCACUCGCAAAUCCAAGCUCGCCUUGCUCCAGACCGACCUUGUGCAGGCCGCCCUCAAGAAAAUACACCCCGAAUAUGAAUUCAAGAUCUUCUCCAAGGAGACCGCCGGCGAUCUCAACACCACUAUUGCGCUGAAGGAUUUUACCAGCAAGAACCUAUGGACUGAGGAAUUAGAGGAGUUGAUGAUCGGGGGUCAGGUCGAUCUCAUCGUUCAUUCCCUCAAAGAUGUCCCCACUCUUCUCCCCUCGACAUGCACCUUGGGCCCUACAAUGCCCCGCGAAGAUAGCCGGGAUGUGCUCGUUGUGAAGCAAGGGCUGCCGUACAAGAGCUUGGCGGAGAUCCCCGCAGGCUCCGUGGUCGGAACCUCCUCAAUUCGCCGCACGGCUCAAUUGGCUCGCAAAUACCCUCACCUGAAGGUCCAGGAUAUUCGCGGCAACAUUGGCACCCGGCUGACCAAGUUGGACGCUGAAGAUAGCCCCUAUACUUGCGCCAUCCUCGCUGCCGCUGGUCUGCUGCGUCUGGAUCUGGAGGAUCGUAUCACGCAGUACCUCGACUCGAAGAACAGCGGAAUGCUCUAUGCAGUUGGACAGGGUGCUCUGGGUAUUGAGAUCCGUAAGGGCGAUACUCUCUUGAGCGAGAUGUUGGAUAAGAUUGGCGACUGGGACACAACUUUUGCCGUUUUGGCGGAGCGGAGUCUGCUCCGCACUCUGGAGGGCGGCUGCAGUGCCCCUCUGGGUGUUGAGACCGAGUGGGUUCAGAGCGCCGAGGGGUCCAAAAAAUUGCGCAUGCGGUCUGUCGUUGUCAGUGUCGACGGCCAGCAAUGCGCAGAGGCAGAGGUCGAUGGUGAUGUUCACUCAAUUGAAAGUGCCGAGGCUUUUGGCAUCACGGUGGCCAAGGCUCUGGUAGCCGACGGCGCUGGGAAGAUUCUUGAGGAGAUCCAGCACAACAAGGUGGCUAAGGAGAGUGUUUCUUCUUGA